CGGGUGGUUUGUUUAUCUUCGGAUUGGAAAAAGUCGCCGAGGAAAUUCUUUUUAUCAUUAUCAAGGAAAAUUUCCUUCUCGGAAAGAUGUAGUGACUCUGUAAUAACCUGUCAUACGGUGUUCAUCACUUUCUUGAGAGUUUUCUAAUUUUGUCAUCAGCUUAAAACCGUGCCUUACCUCUGUCACAUGUUUCCUCGAGCGUAAUGUGUAAACUCUUAGACGAACACCUUUUCAUAGGGAAAGGUUGAUGCUCUACGCCCCUACCUCAUGCACAUUUUUCUGUUUUCGGAAGUCAAAAUGUACGCAAGACAAGACAGGCUUAAUGUCUAUUUUGGCUUAUCACAGAAAAUUUCAAAACAGAAUAUUAUGGAGCUUUGAAUCACCUCUCUGUUAUUCAUCGCAAAAUGUCUAAUACUCUGAUGCAGCAGUUUGUGUCGGGGCUAAAGUCCCGGCACCCGGAAACUCGGAACAAGGCUGCUAAGGACCUUUACCUAUACGUCAAAACGGAGUUACGAGAAGUCCCACCGGAGGAGCUCAAUUCAUUCCUUGAUGACUUUAACCGGCACAUUUUCGAAAUGGUUUCCAGUUCUGAUGUCAAUGAGAAGAAAGGAGGGAUCCUUGCCAUAGUUUGCCUAAUCGGAGCAGAUGUAGGAAUUGUCAACAACCGAAUAAGCAGGUUUGCCAACUAUCUGCGUAAUUUAUUACCCUCACAUGACAUUGGUGUAAUGGAGCUUGCCGCUAAAACUGUUGGAAAACUUGCUUUGGUAUCGGGUACUUACUCAGCUGAAUAUUUUGAAUUUGAGGUGAAGAAAGCAUUUGAGUGGCUUGGCGGAGACCGGCAUGAGGGCAAAAGACAUGCUGCGGUGCUUGUUUUGAAAGAAUUGGCAUGCUCUGUCCCAACAUACUUUUUUCAGCAAGUACAGAUGUUUUUUGAUCUUAUAUUCAAUGCCGUUCGUGACCCAAAACCCGUCAUCAGAGAAGGAGCAGUUGAGGCAUUACGUGCGGUCCUUGUGGUAACAGCUCAAAGAGAAACAGCAAAACAAACUCAGAAACCACAGUGGUAUAAGCAAUGUUAUGAUGAAGCAAUCCACAGCUUUGAAGAAAUACCUGGACAAAAAAGUGUGAAUAGAGAUGAAAAAAUCCAUGGAUCCAUCCUAGUUUUCAACGAACUACUACGAUGCAGCAAUGCUCAGUGGGAACGUGGCUAUGAGGCACUCAUGCUUCGACUUCAGUUUCAGAAUUCAAAUGAGCCCUCGAGCAGUCUUCCAAGGUUGACUCUUAAAUCAUCUCUGAUUGCCUCUCGGCAAAAAGGAACCGUUGGUGAGCGGCUAACAUCCUUGUCAGUGUCAUCGACAAAUGCACCUGAGCCCCAUCCAUUGUAUGAAAGUGCCGCAUGCCGCUCCUUGAUGCUGGAAAGAUUUGAUGACGUGUGCUACAUGGUGCUUCAACAGCGCAAUUCAAGAUCCUCUUACAUCCAGCACAUUCUCUUCACAAUUCUUCCACGACUCGCAGCUUUAAAUAAGGAAAAAUUUGUCGAACAGCAUUUGAGUGGCACUUUAGCCUACUUGCUUUCUACGCUGAGGAGUCGUGAACGGGACAGAGCAUCUGCUUUUAGUACUAUCGGACUUAUUGCCGUUGCUGUUGAAGACAAUAUCAAACCACAUUUGCCAAAAAUAAUGGAAUUGAUUCGAUCAUAUCUUCCUAUGAAGGACAUGAGCAGUAAGAAAAGAGGCAACUUAGAACCUGCUUUAUUUGUGUGUAUUACACUGCUAGGACACGCUGUUGGCACACAUAUCAAAGAUGAUUUGAAAGAUAUUCUUGAUCCAAUGCUUGCAACUGGACUAAGUCCUGCUCUUACAACUGCUUUGCGCGAACUCGCUGUCACAGUACCUGCCCUUAAAAGGAAUAUUUCAGACGGCCUUCUAGACAUGUUGUCCAUGGUGUUGAUGAACCAACCUCUUCGCCACCCUGGAAUGCCUUCUAACAUGUCUUCCAUAUCAAAUUCAGGAAUGAGCCUGUCUGAUACGCAGCAAAAUGUGUCAAGUAUCAAACUAGCCCUGCGCACUCUCGGCAGCUUUAAUUUUGAUGGUCACUCGUUGCUACAGUUUGUACGAAGAUGUGCUGAUCAUUUUUUGAAAAGCAAUGAUCGAGCCGUAAGACUUGAAGCAGUUUGCACGUGCGCAAGACUUUUGCGCUUGGCAUUAGAAAAUCGCAACUCACUGAUUGUCACAACAACCGUAUCUGAUGUUCUGGCUAAACUGCUUGUUGUAGGAAUCACUGACACUGAUGCCGAUGUCAGAUAUUGGGUGCUUAAAUCUUUGGAUCGCAGCCUAGAUACUCAUCUUGCCCAGGCAGAAAAUUUAAGUGCUUUGUUGAUUGCUGUCAAUGAUGAAGUGUUUGACAUUCGAGAGUUAGCAGUACAAACAAUUGCUCGGCUCAGUCUACUGAACCCUGCAUAUGUCAUGCCUUCACUUCGCAAAAUACUCAUUCAGUUUUUGACUGAGGUUGAACACAGUGGCUUGGGGCGCAACAAAGAACAGAGUGCACGCAUGAUAGAUCAUCUUGUAGUCAAUGCGCCUCGACUUGUAAAGCCAUACAUGGAGCCAAUUUUAAAAGUUCUUGUACCAAAAUUAAAAGAACCAGAAUCCAAUCCAAGUGUUGUUAUCAGUGUCCUGACUGCCAUUGGCGAUGUAGCAGAGGUGAAUGGCACAACAAUUGAGUUGUGGAUGCCAGAACUCCUGCCAAUUCUGCUCGAAAUGCUCGGAGAUGCAAGUAGCCCAGAGAAAAGAGGUGUUGCUCUUUGGGCCCUUGGUCAGCUAAUCAGUGCAACUGGUUUUGUUGUCAAACCGUACAACCAAUACCCUUCACUUCUAGAUCUACUGAUCAAUUUUUUGAAGACAGAACAGCAGCCGCUAAUUCGGCGAGAAACCAUUCGGCUACUAGGUAUGCUUGGUGCUUUAGAUCCAUAUAAACACAAGAUGAAUUUAGGCCAAAUUGAUUCUCAAGCAGAUGUCACAGCCCUCAUGUCCAUGUCUGAUGCUAAUUCGGAAAAUGAAACUAGUCAUGAACUAACAACAAGUGAAAUGCUUGUCAAUAUGGGUUCUUCAUCUUUAGUAGAUUACUAUCCUGCCAUAGCAAUUGCCACUUUAAUGCGUAUUAUUCGCGAUCCAACUUUGGCCCAACACCACACAAUGGUUGUCCAGGCUGUAACUUUUAUUUUCAAGUCAUUGGGUAUCAAAUGCGUCCCGUACAUUGCUCAGGUCAUGCCUAGUUUUCUCAACGUCAUUCGCACUGCGGAUAUUAAUUUCAGAGAAUUCUUGUUUCAACAACUCGGCCAACUCAUCAUGAUAGUCAAACAGCAUAUCCGCAAUUAUUUGGACGAUAUUUUUGCCCUGAUUAAGGAAUUAUGGGUUGUCAACAGCCCAUUGCAGAGCACACUCAUCACCCUAGUUGAAAACAUUGCUGACUCCCUUGGUGCUGAGUUCAAGAACUAUCUGCCACAGCUCAUGCCUCACUUGCUGCGUGUUUUGACUCAUGACACAAGUAAAGAACGUGCUGUCACUGUGAAACUUCUCCAAGCUCUACCCAUGUUCCGAAAUAACCUUGAUGAAUAUCUCCAUCUCAUUCUUCCACCAAUCGUCCGGUUGUUUGAUUCUUCAGACUGCCCUAUAAGUGUUUGUAAGGUUGCCAUGGAGACAGUAGAUGAUCUCUCCAUCACUUUAGACUUUUCUGAUUAUGCCUCAAAAAUAAUUCAUCCAUUGGUGCGCAGCCUCGAAUCUUGCUCUGAACUCCGAGACACUGCAAUGGACACUAUGUGUGCUCUAAUCUUACAGCUUGGGCGAAAAUUCUGUAUUUUUGUACCUUUAGUUAGUAGUGUUGUCACAAAACAUAGAAUUCACUGCCCACGCUAUGAUUCACUCACCACUAGAAUAUUAACCGAGUCGACUGAAGAAGACUAUUUGUUGCAUAAGCAACGUAUAAUGAAGAACAAAAUACGAGAAAAAGCCCUAAUGUCAUCUGACACUAUAACCACAAUUAAAAGAAUGCACACGUCCGUUGUCAAUUUGCAAAGAGCCUGGACAGCCACAAGGCGUGUUUCAAAAGAUGACUGGCUUGAGUGGUUACGGAGGCUAAGUAUAGAUUUCUUGAAAGAAUCCCCAUCUCCAGCUUUGAGAUCAUGUUGGGCGCUUGCCCAGACAUAUUCUCAGCUGCCACGAGAUCUGUUUAACGCUGCAUUUGUAUCUUGUUGGGCUGAAUUGAAUGAACCUCUGCAACAGGAACUCAUGCGAACAUUGGAACAAGCAUUAUCUGUUCCAGACUUGCCAGAAAUCACGCAGACAAUCCUAAAUCUUGUUGAAUUUAUGGAACACUGUGAUAUUGGUCCUCUUCCUCUAGAUCCACAGCUGUUAGGAGAACGAGCCAUGCAUUGUCGUGCUUAUGCCAAGGCACUUCAUUAUAAAGAAAACGAGUUUCACAAAGGUGCCAAUUCAGCUGUUUUUGAAGCACUAAUUUCAAUCAAUAAUAAACUGCAGCAAAAAGAGGCUGUGGUGGGUCUUCUAGAAUAUGUUAUGAGCCACCCAGAUGAAGGGUUGAAAGUUCAAGAACGAUGGCAUGAGAAGUUACACAACUGGGAGAAAGCAUUGACUGCAUACGAAGCUAGUUUACAAGAAAAACCCGAUGAUAUUGAAUUGUCCCUCGGCCAAAUGAGGUGUAUGGAGGCCCUAGGGGAGUGGGGUCAAUUGCAUACAACGGUAAAUCAGAAGUGGGGCAGUUUGUCGGAUAAUUACCGUGAACGGAUGGCCCGAAUGGCAGCCGCUGCUGCCUGGGGACUCAACCAAUGGGAUGACAUGGAGUGUUAUGUUAACUGCAUCCCCAGAGAUUCAACUGAUGGUGCAUUCUAUCGAGCAGUUCUAGCUGUGCAUCGAACGCAGUUUCCUAAAGCUCAGGAAUUGAUUGACUCUGCUCGAGAACUUCUGGACACAGAACUAACAGCUAUGGCCGGGGAGAGUUACCAAAGAGCAUAUGGAGCAAUGGUCUCUGUACAGAUGUUAGCAGAACUAGAGGAGGUCAUUCAAUACAAACUGAUCCCAGAAAGACAGAGCACAAUCCGCAGGAUGUGGUGGGAUCGACUCCAAGGUUGCCAACGAUCAGUUGAAGACUGGCAGCGGAUAAUUCAAGUCCACACACUUGUCAUCAGUCCACACGAAAAUAUGUAUACAUGGCUCAAGUAUGCUUCACUGUGCCGUAAAUCAAACAGGCUUUUGCUGGCUCACAAAACUUUGGUGAUGUUACUUGGCAUGGAUCCAUCACUCCACCCAGAUCAGCCAUUACCAACAACACACCCGCCUGUCACUUUUGCAUACACCAAGUAUCUGUGGAUGGCUGGAAAGAAGCAGGAAGCCUUUAAACAGCUUCAAGGUUUUGUUCAGUCAGUUUUGAAGCACCCAGAAGAAAGUAAGCAUCUUGAAAGACUGUUGGCGAGGUGUUAUUUGAAACUGGGGCAAUGGCAAGAAAAUCUGGAAAGUUUAAAUGAACAUUCAAUUCUUGCAGUCCUUCAGUACUAUGCAGCAGCAACUGAUCAUGAUAAUAGUUGGUACAAGGCAUGGCACUCGUGGGCUUACAUGAAUUUUGAAACAGUUUUGUUUUAUAAACAUCAGCACCAGCAACAAGCCACUGACGCCAAUGCUAGACAUAAUCUUCCGACACAGUACAUAACGCAGUUUACUGUUCCUGCGGUGGAGGGAUUUUUCAGGUCCAUUGCGUUGUCUCAUGGGAGUUCAUUACAAGACACCCUAAGAUUGCUCACCCUUUGGUUUGAUUACGGUCAGUUUCCAGAAGUCUAUGAAGCUAUUGUCGAAGGCAUCCGAAGCAUCGAAAUUGACACUUGGUUGCAAGUUAUUCCACAGUUGAUAGCAAGGAUUGAUACUCCACGUGUCUUAGUUGGGAGAUUGAUCAACCACCUCCUUGUUGAUAUAGGCAAACACCACCCACAGGCUUUAGUUUAUCCACUAACAGUUGCCAGUAAGUCUGCCAGCACUGCCCGACGUCAGGCUGCAAAUAAAAUCUUAAAAAGCAUCUGUGAACACAGUCCUUUGUUGGUGCAUCAGGCAGUUAUGGUAAGUGAUGAACUCAUUAGGGUCGCAAUUCUAUGGCACGAAUUGUGGCAUGAAGGAUUAGAGGAGGCCAGUAGAUUGUACUUUGGUGAGCGGAACGUCAAAGGCAUGUUCGAAACAUUAGAGCCAUUGCAUGCCAUGUUAGAGCGAGGACCUCAAACUCUUAAAGAAACAUCUUUCAACCAAGCUUAUGGCCGAGAAUUAGUAGAAGCAUUAGACUGGUGUCAUCGAUAUAAAGUUUCAGCCAAUGUUAGAGACUUGAAUGAGGCGUGGGACUUGUAUUACCAUGUCUUUAGAAAAAUAUCACGUCAGUUACCCCAGUUGACUAGUUUAGAACUACAAUAUGUGAGUCCUAAAUUGUUGGUUUGUCGAGAUCUGGAAUUAGCUGUACCUGGCUCAUAUGUCCCUGGACAGCCAGUUGUUCGAAUUUCUUGUGUCUCUAGUUCUCUGCAAGUCAUAACCUCAAAGCAAAGACCUAGAAAACUAUGUAUAAAAGGCAGUAAUGGGAAAGAAUAUAUGUUUCUCCUCAAAGGGCAUGAGGAUUUAAGGCAAGACGAACGAGUGAUGCAACUUUUUGGUUUAGUCAACACUCUAUUAUCUCAUGACCCUGAUACUUCUAGACAAAACUUAACUAUUCAGCGCUAUGCAGUCAUACCUUUAUCUACUAAUUCUGGUUUGAUUGGUUGGGUUCCACACUGUGACACUCUUCAUGCCUUAAUUAGAGACUAUAGAGAUAAAAAGAAAAUUUUACUAAAUAUCGAGCAUAGGAUAAUGUUACGCAUGGCUCCUAAUUAUGACCAUCUGACUCUAAUGCAAAAAGUUGAAGUAUUUGAGCAUGCACUUGAUUAUACGCAAGGAGAUGAUUUGGCAAGGCUCUUGUGGCUUAAAUCACCUUCAUCAGAAGUUUGGUUUGAUCGCCGUACUAACUACACGCGAUCUUUGGCUGUGAUGUCAAUGGUUGGUUACAUUCUAGGUCUUGGAGACAGGCACCCCUCAAAUUUGAUGUUGGAUCGAUUGAGCGGAAAAAUUUUACACAUAGAUUUCGGUGACUGUUUUGAGGUGGCAAUGACAAGAGAAAAGUUUCCAGAAAAAAUUCCAUUCCGACUCACUCGUAUGCUCAUCAAUGCCAUGGAAGUAACAGGCAUUGAAGGUACUUAUCGUAGAACAUGUGAGAGUGUCAUGCAAGUGCUACACCAUAACAAAGACAGCCUGAUGGCAGUGCUAGAAGCAUUUGUUUAUGACCCCUUGUUGAACUGGAGGUUGAUUGAGGCUGGGGUAAAACGAAUAAAAUCCCAGCCAGAACCAAGUUUACCCAUCUCAUCCUCGUCGCAGGAACAAUCAGAUAUAACAGCAGAAAAUUUGAGCAGUACUUUAUCAAAAAAACCAGUGUUGACAGAAAAUGCCACAGAUACUAAUCAGCCUGAAGCUUUGAACAAAAAAGCCCUAGCAAUUGUGACGAGAGUGCGAGAAAAAUUAACUGGUAGAGAUUUUGCACAUAAAGACACGUUAACUGUUCCCAAACAAGUCGAGUUACUCAUUCAGCAGGCAACUGCUAAUGAAAAUUUGUGUCAAUGCUACAUUGGUUGGUGUCCGUUCUGGUAAUAUAAAAGAAGUUUACUCGCUUGUAACUAUCUUGGCCGAGCAAUUUGAUUUUCAGAAGAAAAAAACUUCAAACUGAACAAGUUCAUGUUUUCAAUAUUAUUUCAUCAAUAUGAGUUUUGAUGUAUCAUGACUUCUCGUUACCCACGAAUAGAUUUUACAAGUUUUUGCAAGUGCUUUUCUUUUUUUUCUUAUUGAAUUUCAUAGUAAAGACAUUUUUAGUGUGAGCGUGUAGUAUUUUCCUGAACAUCACGGAGAAAGCCAUGGAACAUUCAUAAAGAAUUAACUUAAUAGUUUACAAAGAGUAUCAGAAACCGUUGGAUGCAGAUAAAAAGGAAACGUAACUAAAACAAUUCAUAACUACGUAGUAACUUGAGCUUAGUAUUAAAUUAAUGACAAACUGGUUUGGAUUUACAUUUGAAUUGCCAGUUGUCUGUUCUUUUCAUAAUAAGCGAAAUUUACCUUGUGCACUUAGUUUUGAAUUUUUUUAUUUUGCUAACCAAGUCCAUGAAGCUGCCUUGUGUUGGCUUCAAUGGCUUCUGUUUUCAUUUCUAAUGUUUCCAGAGGGGGUUUAAUGGGUUGUACGUAUAAACUUCAACCAUUUUAGGCGAUUUUGUUACACAGUAUCUUAAUAUUGGCUUUUUAUUUGUUUCUGUCAAGACUUGCAAUGAA